AUAAAUGAAAGCAUCGUUGUCGUAUCAACGUGUUGUCUCCUUUUAACCCAUCCUCAAGUCUCAAUCUCAUUCCAGUUUCCAGUUUCCCACCGUCACUUUUCCUUAACGGCGAAGCUAUCGCCGAAGGGCACAACCGUCAUUCCCACUCCAAACCGUUUCUUCUAUCCUCCACUCUCCCCAUCCCAAUAACAAAGAGAGGAAUCGAAGUCUGUUCCGUUCUGAUCAGAAAGGGAAUAACGGUAACGGAGAUAUGGGGCUUCUGUCUAACAGAGUAACUAGAGAGAGCCUGAAACCAGGGGAUCACAUCUACUCUUGGAGGACUGCUUACAUAUACGCUCAUCACGGCAUUUAUGUCGGCGAUGACAAAGUCAUUCACUUCACUAGACAUGGGCAAGAAGUAGGAACCGGUACUGCACUAGAUCUUCUCCUCAUCAGUUCAGGACCAGCCAAGCCUCGAGAAAGUUGCCCAACUUGUACAGCACCCCAAGAGGAACACGGGGUUAUCUCCUCAUGCAUGAACUGCUUCCUAGCUGGUGGCGUUCUGUAUCGGUUCGAGUAUGCCGUUACCCCAGCCCUUUUCCUUGCGAAAGCCCGCGGUGGAACGUGUACUCUUGCUGUCUCUGAUGACGAUGAUAUUGUCGUCCAUCGGGCAAAAUAUCUGCUCGAAAAUGGCUUUGGGUGCUACAAUGUUUUCAAGAAAAACUGUGAAGACUUUGCUAUCUAUUGCAAAACCGGGCUCCUAGAAAUUGGACAAAGUGGCCAAGCAGUUUCCAUCAUAGGGGGACCUCUUGCUGCUGCUCUAUCCUCGCCCCUCCGUAUGGUUACUACUAACGUCUACGGAAUGGCAGCGACGGCUGUUGGAGUCUACUGUGCUAGUAGGUAUAUGGCAGACAUUGGAAUGAGGCCUAAUGCGGUGAAGGUACCGGUUGAAGAGUUAACCUCAAGGUUGGCCACUGGCUUGCUGCAAGUGGUUGAACCCCAAAUUCCAACCAAUAUUGCUCGUCAAUCUCCUCAGCUUGUUACUCAAUGAAUAAGAAUUGUCUUUGUUCAAACAUAUGUGAGUCCCAUGCUCUUUUUUUUUUUUUUUAAUCUGGGUGUGUAAGAGAUAUAAAAUCUAUAUGAAUGGUACAAUGGAUUUGCAUAAUUUAUUUUGUUGUUUGAACUUGUCUUUUGUGAUUCAAAGUCCUGGUUGGA